GCUGCCGAUAUUUACCUGACACCAACAAGCUGCCAACAAGUCAACGUAAACGUGUCGUAAAGUGUAUAAAUGGACCAAUAAUGCCAUUGGCAAUAUAGUAGAGGUUUAAUUUCUAGUUCUGUUUGCUAAAGCGAGAUCAUCGGAGAUGGCCACCGAGAUGGACACAAAACGUCUGUUGUGUUGUUGCGAUGCUAUCUGUUUUGAUGUCGAUUCGACCGUUUGUAUUGAUGAGGUUAUAGAUGCAUUUGCUACAUAUUUAGGAUGCGGUAAAGAAAUUGCACAGCUAACUGCGGAUGCCAUGAAAGGAGAUGUGACCUUUAGGAGUGCGUUGAAGCAGAGACUGGACCUAAUGAAUCCAAAGCAUGCUCAGUACCAGUCAUUUAUAGAAAAGCAAUCUGUCAGUUUUACACCUAGGAUUAGGGAAUUAAUGAAGCUAUUGCACAAGAGAGGAGCUGCAGUCUACCUCGUAUCAGGAGGCUUUAGAGCUUUCUUGCUUCCACUCGCAAAACUACUAGACGUUCCCGCUGAAAAUGUCUACGCGAACAGGCUGCUGUUUGAUGACCAAGGUAACUAUACUGGAUUCGAUGUGCAUGAGCCAACAUCUGAAUCUGGUGGCAAGUCAAGAGUCGUAGACCAACUACGAAGUACCCACGGUUACAACACAAUCGUCAUGGUUGGAGAUGGCGCCACCGAUCUAGAGACUUUUCCAAAUCAUGCUGAUGCUUUCAUCGGGUUUGGAGGAAAUCAGGUUAGGGACAAGGUAAAGAAGGAAUCAAAGUGGUUCGUAACAGAUUUCAAAGAGCUCAUUGAUGAACUUCAGGAGGCAUAAACUUUCAAAAGGUUAAGCAAUUUUAGCAAAAGCACGAUUAAGAUGUACAAUUGUUUAUUAUUUGCAGUUCCUUUGUCCAAUGACUAUAUAUAGCACAAUUUAUGUCAGAGCCUUUUGCGUGGUGCUAGAUAUUUGUUAAGGUUAUUUUACUCGGGUGUGUUAUAUGUGGGAACAUAUAUUAAUAGUGCACCAGUUAGUAUAAGUACUGAAGAAUGCACACAUUGUGGAAGGUUAACGUUGCCAAUUGUUUUCGUAUGUUCUAAGUAUAUGAUGGUUAUUUAAAUCGGCUGCUUUUUAGUUUUGUAUUUAAAUUUUUUUAAAUAACAUUUAAUAUUAGUUCACUGUGUACAUUUUGCAAAUAAUGAAAAUAACCAAAUUACAUAUGUACAAAAUAUGUGAUUAAAUCUAUAAGAGCAAGGUUGUAAAUAACAAA